AUGGCACAGAAGACGCAGAAAGAAGAGACGGAGUUCAAGGUACCCGAAACCUUGACCUCUUGCAUAAACAAUUGUGGCGUCACCGGGAACCCCGCCUCCAAUAACAUGUGUCAGACAUGUUUCACGGCGACCAACGCCACUGUCGCCUCAUCAUCCUCAUCGUCAGCGGCCUCCUCCCUCGCGACGAUCCUGAAUAGCUCAUCGUCCACAUCAACGGUAACAACCACAACGAUGAUGACAACGAAAAGCCGAAGAUCUAGCUUACCUCGAUCCCCCACGCGAGAUCCGCCUCCGGAGACGAGUUCGGAUGUGGACAUGUCAUCAGAUCAGGAGAAAUUGACCUUGACGAGGAAGGCAGUGAAUCGGUGCUCCGGUUGUCGGAGGAAGGUCGGGUCGAUCGGGUUCCAAUGCCGGUGCGGGGAGCUAUUCUGCUGGGAGCACCGGUACUCCGAUUGCCAUGACUGCAACUACGAUUAUAAAUCGGUCGGCUGGGAGGCUAUCGCGAGGGAGAAUCCUGUCGUUAAGGCUACCAAGAUCGUCAGAGUCUGA